UGGGUGAUCGGGUCUUAUUCGGUUUAAGCUGAAACGGUGUCGUAUCUUCUUUACAUCCACUAAAGAUUCUUCCUUUUGCUUCAGCAGCGAGCUUUGGGUGGGAUCUCUCACUUGCAAAACCAAAUCUCUUGGACCAAAACAUUACUUCUUAAUCUACCUACACAAGGUGUUGCAGCCUUAUAUUAAUGGCUAUUUCUAGGUAGCGGUAUACUGUGUGUUAUGAAGAUCAGAUAUGUAAAGGUCAUCUCCUGAGGAUAAUGGUUGAUGUUUAAAGUUUCCUGGCGAAAAGUAUAUCAGAGUACUUUACUUGAAAUCCACUGCUGAGAUUUGGAGCAGAAGCUGCAUCUCGGGGACUUUUUCAGAAGAAAGUGAUUUAUCUGGUUGAGGUUUUCAUGAACUUUUGUUAUACAACUCUAUCCACCAAUAGUAUCUCCCUCGAUCAACAGCGUUCUCCUAAUAAUACCAAGAACUAUUCCCUGAGGCUGCUUGUUUGUGAUGGACAAUGUAAGAGGUUCGAGACACAAUGUGCGAGAAGUGGAAACAAUAAUGUUGCAGCCUUUGCCAGAGAUAGCUGAGAGUAUCGAUGAUGUUAUCUGCCAUGAACUCUCCAUGUGGCCCGAAGAUGCUAAUGACUUGUUGUUGAUAGUGGAGGCAAUAUCAAGGGGAGACUUGAAAUGGGUACUUGUUGCUUGUGCGAAAGCUGUUUCUGAGAAUAAUCUUCUACUGGCACGAUGGUGUAUGGGCGAGUUGCGUGGUAUGGUUUCGAUUUCUGGUGCGCCAAUCCAGAGAUUGGGAGCUUACAUGUUAGAAGGGCUUGUGGCAAGGCUAGCUGCCUCUGGUAGUUCGAUAUACAAAUCUCUCCAAUCCAGAGAACCAGAGAGUUACGAGUUCUUAUCUUAUGUGUACGUUCUGCAUGAGGUUUGCCCAUAUUUUAAGUUUGGGUACAUGUCAGCAAAUGGGGCGAUAGCAGAAGCAAUGAAGGAUGAGGAGAGAAUUCACAUUAUUGACUUCCAAAUUGGGCAAGGGAGCCAGUGGAUUUCACUGAUUCAGGCUUUUGCAGCUAGGCCUGGUGGGGCUCCAAAUAUUCGAAUUACCGGAAUUGGUGAUGUAUCUGUCUUGGUUACAGUCAAGAGAAGACUAGAGAAACUUGCAAGGAAGUUUGAUGUCUCAUUCAAGUUCAAUGCGAUUUCAAGGCCGAGUUAUGAAGUUGAAGUGGCAAAUCUUGAUGUCCGGGAAGGCGAAGCCCUUGGAGUUAACUUUGCUUACAUGCUGCACCACUUGCCUGACGAGAGCGUAAGUAUGGAAAACCAUAGGGACCGGUUGCUGAGGAUGGUGAAGAGUCUAUCACCUAAAGUGGUCACCCUUGUGGAACAAGAAUGCAACACGAACACUUCCCCUUUCCUUCCUAGGUUCUUUGAGACAUUAAGUUAUUAUACGGCAAUGUUUGAAUCUAUUGAUGUGAUGCUUCCGCGAAAUCACAAAGAAAGGAUCAGUAUCGAGCAGCACUGCUUGGCAAGGGAUGUAGUCAACAUCAUAGCUUGUGAAGGAGCCGAGAGGAUCGAAAGGCACGAGCUUCUCGGGAAAUGGAAGUCAAGGUUUUCCAUGGCAGGUUUUGAGCCAUACCCUUUAAGCUCAAUAAUUUCAGCCACCAUUAGAGCCCUCUUGAGAGAUUACAGCAACGGGUAUGGGAUUGAAGAAAAAGAUGGUGCUCUAUAUCUUGGUUGGAUGGACAGAAUCUUGGUUUCAUCUUGUGCCUGGAAGUGAAAGAAUAAAUGGAUCCGAGAAUGUAAUGUAAAAGACAGAUUGGAAGUAAUAGAUGGUUGUCUCAAUACCAUUAAUAAGGUUGAAUCAAAUCAUAUACAUCCCCA